AUGAGUACUCUUCCUCGUCUGACGGGGGCCAUCCGAGCCUUCUCUGGCCUUAGUGCAUCGCCAACCAACAUUCAACAAAGUGAUCUGCAACAGAAGCGUCACCUGGUGGCAGAAAAACAGAGUAACAGUCAGUCAUGGAAUAUGCUUUGUUCUCAGAUCAGGAAGGAAGUGGAUGCUUCAGGGUCUGACAUAAAGGCGGCACUGAGAGACUUGUCUCAAUGUGCCAGAAACAUCGUUGGACAGGAGGCUUCUUUAGAGACUGUAGAAGGAGCAGCAGCCUUCCUGUUCAGCUUGUUUAAAUGUGCGACCAUGGACACAGUGAGCAGUAAAGAGGCAAACAAACUGAGGAACAUCUUUGGACCAUUUCCGGCUACAGCUGCUUCAAAAGCUUGUUCCAUUGUCAGAAAAAUAGUCUCCUGGAUGCCUGAGGAUGCAGAACUGUUGCUGGACAACCAGAUGCGAGAGGAGGCUGAGGGAGAGGCUUCUGUCAAGGAAUUUGGACAAAGUAUAAAAUUUUCAUUUUUGAUGUCAUCAGUAGAAUGUUUGUCAAGUUCAGAAUCAGACAGUGAUGAAGCGGAUCAUCGGGACCUAGAUCUAAAAUAUUCUGACAGUAGACCGGCUCAGCACUCAAAGAAAGGAAACACACCACUGACGACCAGCUCCCAAUAUGAUGCUGGAUGGCUACAGAGAGAGGUCAGUAAGUACUACCCUACUGGUGACUCAGCCUUGGGAAUGACUACAGAGGACAUCAGUUCUACAAUUUUUGAUGUUCUUAUCUCCUCCAAGACAGACCCAGAAUUGCAAAACGAUUUGUUUGAACUCCUGGGAUUUGAUCGAUUUGAGCUGAUAGAAACUUUGCUUCAGAACAGGACAGGGGUCAUACAAAGUUCUAUGACCUCUGACCCCUCUGUCAGGCCUAAUGGAAGAAAAGGUGAUGGUGGAAACAAGCCUGCUUAUGGUUGUCAGGUCAUUGUCCAGACUGAACAAGAGAGGAAGCUGAUGAAACAGCUGAGGAAGGAUGAGAAACGUUUUGAUAAGAAGGGAGGUUGGCAGGAGGAAGAAGGAGAUAUUGCAAGCUUUAAUCCUCAGGAGCUGCGCAGUCAAAGAGAGGCAGCACUGAAGUCAGCAGUGAUGGCGCCACUAUUUUCUGACCGGUCCUUCCAGCCUCGUGCCAGGGAGAAAUAUCCAAAUGUAUAUGACUCUAUGGAGGAGGCCCGGCAAUCCUCAGCUUAUGUGGGAGGGACCAAGUUGGUACUUCCCGAUUCCUUCAAACGGACAACACAUAAACUUUAUGAGGAGGUCUACAUUCCUCACACGGAGGCUACAUCUCUUACUGUAGGAGAAAGGAGAGUUCCUAUUGCAAGUCUUGAUGAGAUUGGCCAGAUGGCAUUCAAAGGAACAACAUCCCUCAAUCGCAUCCAAUCAAUAGUGUUUGAGGCGGCCUACAAGACGAAUGAGAACCUGUUAAUCUGUGCCCCUACAGGUGCUGGUAAAACUAACAUUGCCAUGUUAACCAUCCUUCAUGAACUUAAACAGCACAUCUCACAAGGUGUUAUCAAAAAGGAUGAAUUCAAGAUAGUGUAUGUAGCCCCGAUGAAGGCACUGGCUGCUGAGAUGGUGCGAAACUUUGGGAAUCGCCUUGAAUCCUUGGGGAUCGCUGUGCGAGAACUUACAGGAGACAUGCAGCUGACAAAGGCAGAGAUACUCAAAACACAGAUGUUAGUGACGACCCCAGAGAAGUGGGAUGUGGUUACAAGGAAGAGCACAGGAGAUGUGGCCCUGGCCCAGCUUGUCAAAUUACUCAUCAUUGACGAGGUGCACCUUCUUCAUGAUGACCGAGGGGCUGUCAUAGAAAGCCUGGUUGCUCGGACAAUUCGCCAGGUGGAGAGUUCCCAGAACAUGAUCCGUAUCAUUGGUCUAUCUGCUACCUUACCUAACUACCUAGAUGUGGCUCGCUUUCUCCAUGUCAACCCAUAUCUAGGUCUCUUCUUCUUUGAUGGUCGCUUCAGACCUGUGCCUCUUGGACAAACCUUCAUUGGAAUAAAGUCGACCAACAAGAUGCAACAGAUACAGGACAUGAAUACAGUCUGUUAUGAAAAAGUCCUGGAACAAGUCAAAAAGGGCUAUCAGACAAUGGUUUUUGUCCAUGCACGUAAUGAUACAGUCAGGACAGCAAGCGUCCUUAAUGAAAUGGCCAAAAAUAAUGGAGACAGUGGAUUCUUUGUACCAGACCACAGUAUCCAGUAUGGGGAUGCCCUCAAAAGUAUGAUGAGGUCAAGAAACAAGCAGUUGAAGGAACUUUUCCCAGAUGGGUUUGGAUGUCACCAUGCUGGCAUGCUUCGACAAGAUCGUAACCUGGUGGAGCGUUAUUUUGCACAAGGCUUCAUCAAGUGCCUUGUGUGUACUGCAACCCUGGCCUGGGGAGUCAACCUCCCUGCUCAUGCUGUCAUCAUAAAGGGUACCCAACUUUAUGAUGCUAAGAAAGGGUCAUUUGUGGAUCUUGGUAUACUGGACGUAAUGCAGAUUUUUGGUAGAGCUGGACGCCCUCAGUUUGACAAGUUUGGACAUGGAACCAUUAUUACAUCACAUGAUAAACUGUCUCAUUAUCUGUCACUGAUGACCAGACAGAACCCUAUAGAGAGUCAGUUCUGUGUCAGUCUAACAGACAAUCUGAACGCAGAGAUUGCCUUGGGAACUGUGACCAAUGUAGAGGAAGCAGUUAAGUGGCUCAGCUACACAUACCUGUAUGUACGGAUGAAGUGUAACCCUCUGGUAUAUGGUAUUAACUACAACACAAUUGAGUCUGAUCCCAUGUUGGAGACACAUCGUCGUGACCUCAUUACGGAUGCAGGGAGAAAGCUGGAUAAGGCUCGGAUGAUUAGAUUUGAUGAGAGAACAAGCUACUUCUCAUCAACUGACUUAGGCAGGAUAGCAAGUCACUUCUACAUCAAAUAUGAUACAGUGGAGGUAAUCAACGAGAACCUGAAAUCAUUGAUGACAGAAGCAGAUGUAUUUGCCAUGGUCUCAAAGUCCCAGGAGUUUGACCAGAUAAAGGUACGAGAGGAUGAGAUGAAUGAACUGGACAACCUUCUGAGUGAUACCUGUGUGAUGCAGGUACAGGGAGGUGUAGAGAAUACAUACGGCAAGGUCAACAUCCUCAUGCAGGUGUAUGUGUCGCGUAUGAAUAUCGAGAGUUUCUCCCUUGUCUCCGACCAGGCUUAUGUAGCUCAGAAUGCAGCACGUAUUGUACGGGCUUUGUUUGAGGUGUGUUUGAAGAAUGGUUGGCCUGUGAUGGCAAGCAGGCUACUAAAUCUCUGCAAAACCCUGGACAAGCGACUUUGGGGGUUCGAGCAUCCUCUUAGGCAGUUUCCAAACCUCACCAGAGAAAUUCUUGAAAAGCUGGAGGGCCGCAAGCUUAGCGUGGAUAGACUCAGAGAUAUGGAUCAAUUUUCUAUAGGUCACAUGGUGCACCACGUACGUAUGGGACCUAUCAUCAAAAAGUGUGUCAACCAGAUUCCUGCCUUAGAUUUGGAUGCCACCAUACAACCAAUCACACGCACUGUACUCAGAGUGAGGCUGACCAUUGACCCAGUCUUUCAGUGGGAUGACAAGGUGCAUGGAACCAGUGCAGAGUCAUUCUGGGUGUGGGUAGAGGACCCAGAAAACAACCACAUCUACCAUUCAGAACGCUUCCUUCUACACAAAAAGAUGGUGAAGGCCAAGGAGCCACAGAUUCUAGUCUUUACAAUCCCGAUCUUUGAACCUCUACCUAGUCAGUACUAUGUCAAGGCUGUGUCUGAGAGAUGGCUUGGAUCAGAGGCUAUGUGUGCCAUCUCCUUCCAACAUCUUAUUCUUCCUGAGAAACAUCCUCCCCAUACAGAAUUACUGGACUUGCAGCCUCUGCCUGUCACAGCUUUUAAUGACCCCCAGAUAGAGACACUCUACAAGUUUACACACUUUAACCCAAUACAGACACAAAUCUUCCAUGUCCUUUAUCACACUGACUGCAAUGUCCUGCUUGGGGCACCUACAGGAUCUGGGAAAACUGUCGCUGCAGAGAUGGCCAUAUUCAGGGUGUUCAGAGAAUAUCCAAAAGCAAAGGCUGUCUACAUUGCACCACUGAAAGCUCUUGUACGAGAGAGAAUGGAUGACUGGAAAGUCCGGAUCCAACAGAAGCUUGGAAAGAAGGUGGUAGAACUGACUGGUGAUGUCACCCCAGAUAUGAGGGCAGUGGCCAAUGCUGACCUGAUAGUGACCACACCUGAGAAGUGGGAUGGGGUUAGUCGGAGCUGGCAGACAAGGAACUAUGUUAAAGCAGUUGCUGUACUGAUCAUCGAUGAGAUCCACUUAUUGGGGGAUGAGAGAGGGCCAGUCCUAGAGGUUAUUGUGUCUCGUACUAACUUCAUCUCAUCACACACUUCCAAACCUGUAAGGGUUGUAGGCCUGUCAACAGCAUUGGCAAAUGCCAGGGAUCUGGCUGACUGGCUCGGCAUCAAACAGAUGGGUCUGUACAACUUCCGUCCCUCUGUGAGACCUGUCCCAUUGGAAGUUCACAUCAACGGUUUCCCAGGACAGCACUACUGUCCCCGAAUGGCAACCAUGAACAAGCCAACUUUCCAAGCUGUAAAGUCACACUCACCGGAGAAACCCACACUGAUAUUUGUGUCAUCACGACGUCAGACAAGACUGACAGCCCUUGAUCUCAUUGCUUUCUUAGCAGCAGAGGAAAAUCCCAAACAGUGGCUCCACAUGCCUGAAAUGGAGAUGGAGAAUUUGAUUGGUGGAAUUAGAGACACAAACCUCAAACUGACCUUGGCAUUUGGAAUAGGCAUCCAUCAUGCAGGUCUCCAAGAACGGGACAGAAAGUCGGUGGAAGAACUUUUUGUAAACCAGAAAAUACAAGUUCUGAUUGCCACAAGUACACUUGCCUGGGGUGUCAAUUUUCCUGCCCAUCUAGUUGUUGUCAAGGGAACAGAGUUCUUUGAUGGAAAAACAAGGAGAUAUGUUGACUUUCCUAUCACAGAUGUGCUGCAGAUGAUGGGACGGGCUGGACGCCCACAGUUUGAUGACCAGGGAGUGGCAGUCAUUCUUGUCCAUGAUAUAAAAAAACAUUUCUACAAGAAGUUUCUUUACGAACCCUUUCCUGUGGAAUCAAAUCUCCUGGAUGUGCUGCCAGACCAUCUGAAUGCUGAGAUUGUGGCUGGGACCAUUACCUCUAAACAGGACGCUAUGGAUUACAUCACCUGGACCUACUUCUUCAGGAGGCUCGUCAUGAAUCCAAGUUACUACAACCUUGAUGAUACAGAUUAUGACAGCAUUAACAAGUUUCUGUCAGGCCUGGUGGAGAGGGCGCUGUUUGACCUGGAGUCCUCAUACUGUUUAGAGAUUGGUGAGGACAACCUUACCAUCACUCCGCAGACAUUGGGACGAAUCUCAUCCUACUACUAUCUCAAUCACAACUCGGUGCGCAAGUUUAGAGACACACUGAAGGCAGAGUGCACUACCUAUGAGCUGGUAGAAAUACUGUCUAAUGCAGAGGAAUAUGCCCAACUUCCUGUGCGUCACAACGAGGAUCAGAUUAACAGUGAACUGGCAACCAAGUUACCACUAGCAGUGAACCCCCAUACCUACGACUCUUCCCAUACAAAGACAUGUCUCCUUCUCCAGGCCCACUUCAGCCAAGUUCCUCUUCCCUCUUCCGAUUACAACACAGACACCAAGUCUGUCCUGGACCAGGCCAUCCGUGUACUACAGGCCAUGCUGGACAUUUCAGCUGACCAAGGCUGGUUAGUGACUUCCCUGCGUAUCACCAUCCUUAUCCAGAUGGUCAUCCAAGGACGAUGGUCAACAGACAAUGCUCUCCUGACCUUACCACACAUGACACCCUACCACCUCAACUGUCUCAGGCCUAAAGGUGGAGAGGGUGCCAAAAGGAAGGGCACAGCCCUGCCAAGGGGCCCAAUCAGAUCCCUCCCGGAGCUUUUAGCUGCAUGUGAUGGGCGAUACGAGACACUUCUUACAAUGUUGGAUGGAGAGAUGGACAGAAUGCAAAUUGACCAGAUUUACACUGUGAUAGGAAAGUUACCUCAGAUCCAAGUGAACCUUUCCAUAAAGGGAUGGUGGGAAGGAGGUGAAGGGCAGAAGGAUAUUCGAAUCCAGAACUCUACAGAUGGUGGGCGUCGCCCAGACAGCGACUGGAUCCAGGUGCAUGCUGACCAAGAGUAUGUGAUACAUGUUGACCUUGUCAGGGUUAACAAGACCAAACGAAAUGAUAGUAAGGCCCAGACACCACGGUUUCCCAAACCUAAGGAUGAGGGCUGGUUCCUGGUGAUCGGGGAGAUAGAGAAUAGAGAAGUCAUCGCACUUAAAAGGACAGGAUAUGUUCGUGGACGUUCUCGUCAACAGUUGGCAGUGUACACUCCAGAGACAACAGGACGUGUGAUCUAUACAUUGUACCUAAUGAGUGACUCCUAUCUUGGUCUGGACCAGCAGUACGAUAUCUGUUUAGAUGUGAUACCUGCUAGUAUAGAGUCACAGGUCAACACAGAGCUGGUCGGUGAACUAAAUGACUUGGACAUGGAUGGGGGUGAAUGAUCCUAUAUGUAUGGGUAUUUCUGGUGGUUAUCUUUAAAGUGUUAGUGACUAUACCACAUCAGGUGGUCAAAAAUAAACCACACAAUACCUGGAUAUUGAAAAUGAUGAGUGGAUAUUUGUAUCUAUAAUUAUUGGGAGGUAUUUAUCAAUGGUAUGGCUGAAGUGAAAUCAAAAUGUCACACCUGGAAUUUGUAGUAAUGUACAUAGCCCAUCACAGAAUGAUACUGUUGGUAUGAGUACAAAUCAGUAGUGUCUAUUUUUCUCUUUGGUGUAUGAAACUUUGACCUUAUGACCUUUUGUACAAGUGAUAUUUUUAGGUUUUGUUUGAUUUUACUAGAAAUGUGUAAAGUGAUCAGACUGAUUUGGUUGUGUGAUUUGUUUGUUGAUAGUUUAUUGAACAUAGUUUAGUGUCUAAAAGAAAUAGAUGCAGAUACUGACUGUUAAACAUUUAAGCUUUGGUGUAAAUUGAGUGUACCUGCCUUAAGCUUUGGUGUAAAU